CUUGAUAAUUGUAACAAAAAAAAGAAAAUGGAGGAUUCUCGUAAGGGUAAGGAACAACAAAAGCAAGGUGACGAUGGGAUCAAGUACCGGGGAGUGCGACGGCGACCAUGGGGGAAAUACGCGGCGGAGAUACGUGAUCCAUCGAAGAACGGAGCGAGGCAAUGGCUUGGGACGUACGAGACAGCGGAGGAUGCAGCUAGGGCUUACGAUCGGAUGGCAUUUCAGUUGAAAGGUCAUCUUGCUAGUUUGAAUUUCCCUGGUGAGUAUUACGCUCGUGUUAUGGGUUCACCUCCUCAUCCUCCUCACUUGUUUCCUUCCGCUCCGAUCAAUCGGGGUUUCGAGAGCGGUGGUGGUGGAUCGUCGUCUUCUAACUUCGAUCCAGAGCAAGUUAUUGUGCUUGAGUAUCUUGAUGGUAGAGUUUUGGACGACCUUCUUGGGCAAGAGGAAAAAAAGAAGAAGAAGAAGAAUAGCAAAUAACUACAAACCCUACCUUUUUUUCCAGCUUUGUAUUUGGAUUUUGCCCUAGCUUUUACUAAGCCCUUAAUAUAAUC